CCAUCUCCUAGUGGGGAAACAAAAGUGGCCAGUCUUGCUCUUCCAGCCACACGUUUACUCGUUUAGCAGCUUGAAUGCCAAGCAGAUCCAGAUUCCAGAAGCUGUCAACAACACACAACACACAGGUCAAAACCGGAUUCUGCCGAUGUAGCUGGAAGCGUCAAGGACCAACGUCAUUCAGGCUGAAACUCGCCGAGCGCACCGGAAUCCCAUGUGUUGCGCUCCCUUGUCUACUUUAGAAAUAACUUGGAAGUAGACAACAGCCAGUUCACACAGUAUUGGAGUUAUUUUGUGUAGUUGUCAUUCAGCAUGCAAGGAAAUAACACGUUUGUGAGUCCAUUCCACCGACCGCGGUGUCUGGCGGCAGCGGCGCCGGGAGGGAAAGCGAAAUUAACUCAUCCGGGAAAGGCAAUUCUAGCAGGUGGCUUGGCAGGGGGCAUCGAGAUCUGCAUCACCUUCCCCACAGAGUACGUCAAGACUCAGCUUCAGCUGGACGAGAGAGCCAACCCGCCCAAGUACAAAGGAGUUGGUGACUGUGUGAGACAGACCGUGCAGGGUCAUGGUGUUCGUGGACUGUACCGAGGUCUCAGCUCUCUGGUCUAUGGAUCCAUACCUAAAUCUGCUGUUAGGUUUGGGGUGUUUGAGUUCUUGAGUAACCGUGCGAGGGACGCCUCCGGCCGCUUGGACAGCACCAAAGGCCUGCUGUGUGGCCUGGGCGCCGGGGUGAUGGAGGCCGUCCUGGUGGUCUGUCCCAUGGAGACCAUCAAGGUCAAGUUCAUCCACGACCAGACCUCAGCCAAUCCCAAAUACAAGGGCUUCUACCAUGGAGUUCGAGAGAUCAUCAAUACCCAAGGUUUGAGAGGGACGUACCAGGGCCUCACCGCCACCGUCCUCAAACAGGGCUCCAACCAGGCCAUCCGCUUCUAUGUCAUGACCUCGCUCAGGAACUGGUACAAAGGCGACGACCCAAACAAGUAUAUCAACCCGCUCCUCACCGGUCUGUUCGGAGCCGUGGCGGGUGCAGCCAGCGUGUUUGGGAACACCCCGCUGGAUGUCAUUAAGACCAGAAUGCAGGGUCUGGAGGCACAUAAGUAUAAAAGUACGGCAGACUGUGCCGUUAAAAUCCUCAGGCACGAGGGUGUGAAAGCAUUCUAUAAGGGUACGGUUCCCCGGCUGGGCAGAGUGUGUCUGGAUGUUGCCAUAGUCUUCAUCAUUUAUGAAGAGGUGGUGAAGGUUCUGAACGUCGUCUGGAAAACGGGUUAAAUGGCCAACCUAAGUAUGACAUUUUCCUUAAUGUAAACAGUGCCAUCUAGCGGGUAAAACUGAGAAAACACCCAAUGUGAUACUGUGACCACCAAUGUAGUUAGAAUAAAACUGUAACCUUGGCAACCCUACCAUGACUUAAAUUUUAGCCGUUUGUGCAGAAUAAUUUGUAAUCAUAAACAGCUCUUUUACUUACAAAACAGGUUGUUUGAUGCAGAGUUUCCUGUGUCUAUGUGUCUAACUAUGUUCUCUACAUGCGACUAAGGUGCAUGACCUCAAAUCAUAACCUCUCCAACUGAAACGGCAGUGUUUUAUGUUCCUGAUAUGCCAAUUAUUUUUAUACAAGAAAGAUUGUGAUUAGUUUACUAUCAACAUCAUAGUUUACAGAAAGCUUUAAUAUAUUUGAUUCCUGUGCCAGGUAAAAAAAAUCACAUUCUAUCAAUGGAAAAUAUGUGUACAGAAAAAGAGUUAUAACAUAGUAUACGUAAUUAUUUAUUGCAACUUGAAUGUUAAAUCUCUGUGGUGGAGAUGCUAUUGCCUGUGUAGAGUUUUAAAAUUGUAGGUUUGGGUUGAAGACUUUGGCAAAUUAAACUCACUGUGAUUGUAAAUGAUGAAUCAUUCGUAUUGUUAACUUCAGAGCUCAUUUCAUUGAGAUGGACCAUAGAGUAGUUGUUGACCAUCUCAUAUUGACAAUAAUAAUAACAGUAAUCAUAAUUUGGGGCACUGAAUAAGUGGAUUGGAGACUCUUCUCAGACCGCUCCGGUUCAGAGCUCCUGUUAAGCAGUGAUUCUUCAUUGACUUGGCAAGCCGACACAUUCCAGGUAAUUCAAUAUAAAUGUCAGUCCCAUUCAGAAAUGCAGUUCAAUAUUUUGGUGCUAUAUUCUUUUAAGGGUUAAUUUUUAUUCUUUGAUUUAUUUUGAUUGAAUUUUAUUUCAAUGUUUCACUCAUGUGUCUUCUAUUAUUCUUGCCCCUGCGGUACCAAACUGUUGUUCCAUAUCUUCAUGGAUCUAAACCCCCGUAUCUAUGAAUGUAUGAGUUUCAGGGGCAACUGGGCUGUCUGAUGGAUGAAAGAUGUGUUUGUUUGGUUGCUGCAGUUGGUUAAUAAAAAAAGACUGGUUCAAUUAAAAAAAAACAACUACUGUGACCGAUUCUUUGGGGGCGAUUGAUUUCUCGCAUUCCAUGGAAAUUAAGUGUGCUAUAUUUUAAGAUUUAUUGUCGCUGCAUUCCUGUGUCUCUAUAUAGUUUCUGUUAUAGUUCUGCCUUUGCUAAUCACUGCCAAAUAUCAAAGGCAGGGUGUCAAUGUAAACCACCUGUAAUUAAUAUAGAUCCUGUGUUGUAUGUCCAGUAUACGUUCUAUGUUCAGUCUUUGAAUCAUACCGAUGUUAACGCAACUCAGACAUCUUAUCUGUAUUUAAUUAAAAAAGUGAAUGCUUCAUUUAUUGGGCAAGACCUAAUAAAUAUCUAAAAUAAGCA